AUGUCGGAAUCAUUUGCCCUCUUCCCGUCGCUCCCCCCCGAGCUGCGCUUGCUCAUCUGGCAGAAACUCAUUGAGCCGCGCCUCAUCCCUCUCCAGUGCCAGAUCCAAUGUGCUGCCAAAGACCAGCCCGGCACCUUUCUCUUCCACUCCUUCCUCGACCCGCCCUUCUCCUCCGAUGACGACGCCCGCACUCGCACCCGCAGCGCCUCCGCCUUCGACAUCCGGGUCCACUUUGCCGCCGCCACCACCCUCGCACCCGUCCCGGUCCUGCAGGUCUGCCGCGAGUCCCGCCACUUCGCGGUGCGGCACGGCUACCGCGCGUGGCGGCUGCGUGACGAGUUUGGCCACACCCGCGACGUGAUGUGGCACGUGGAGCUGGACACGAUCUCGCUGGCGACGCCGCACCGGCCGCUGAUCCCGCGCUUCUACGGCGAGCUGUUCCGCCGGCAGUUCCCGGCCGAGGUGGCGGCCGUGCGGCGGCUGGCCGUCCCCAUCUCAAGCUGGCGGCCGAAGCAGCGCGAGGUGGCUGCUCUGGGGCAGUGCUGGGCCGGGUACGCGCGCUUGGAGACGAUGGUGGUGGUGAUGGCGGGCGCGGUGAAGGGGUUUGGGGCGGAGGCCGUGGUGGAUCACGAUACGUGUCGGGAUCUGGGGGCGGUGGAACGGGGGCUGGAUGGGCUCGGCAUGCGGGCGCCGAAGGGGCCGUGGAAGGUGCCGGCCGUGGUCCUGGUGGAGUACGAAACAGACAUUCUGCGUGCCGAGGAGACGGACAUGCAUGUGACGUGUAAUACUUGCGCGAAGAUACAUGGUGGCGGGCGGGCAGUUGAUAUCUAG